UAGUACCGGCGCGUCGGUCCGAGCCGACGCACGCGCAUAUCGUUCACAUAACACAGUAUAAAAGAAGACGUGCCCUUAAGCCUGCCCAAUUCCUCUCGAAACUCUUUAGAAGUACGACUGAAAAAAAAUAAAAAAUGGCAGAUAUAGAAUCAACGAACGGCACAACUGACACCGACGGGGUGAUUGUUGCGAAAGGGGUGUCUAUGCUGGUUUUGUUUUGCGCCUGUAUGCUAUGUGGUCUCUUACCCAUGUUUGUGGCGAGGAAGUUCAAUUGGAUAACACCAGAUGAAGCCGGCUCGCUCAAGUCCAAGAACAAAAUCGUAAUAACCUUGCUCUCGUUCGGAGGCGGUGUGCUUUUGUCUACCACUUUCCUGCAUUUACUUCCCGAGGUCGAUCACAACAUCAUCGAUCUACAAGAAAAGGGUCUCAUGCAAGAGUUCGACUUCGCAUUAGCACCACUUCUGAUGAUAUGCGGUUUCUUCCUCAUGUACCUGGUUGAGGAGCUAGUGCACAUUUACUUGAGAAGAAGAGAAAGAAGGAGCGGCCAGUCUUCCCCGUUGGUGAGGAACCUGAGCGUGAGAAGAAGUCAAGUCAGCGUCGAUGGCAAGGGAGAGAAAAGUGUCAAUAACUCUACCGCUGAUCUAAUUGACCCAAACUCUAUAAGGCUACCUAAGGAUGUAGAAGUGAACAAUCACAACCAUGCAGGUCACGGUCACAGCCACCUUCCCAUCAAUGAGGUAGACGGCGUCAACUCAGCUAUACGUGGACUGCUGGUUGUGUUGGCGUUGUCAAUACACGAACUCUUCGAGGGCUUGGCCGUUGGGCUGGAAUCCAGCACUGCUCAUGUGUGGUACAUGUUAGGUGCAGUAGCCGCACACAAGCUCGUCAUUGCCUUCUGUAUAAGCGUGGAGCUCGUCGCCAUUCGCACAAAGACGUGGCUCACUGUUGUGUACAUCGUUGUCUACGCGAUUGUCUCCCCACUUGGUAUCGCGAUCGGAAUCAUCCUCGUGGGAGGCGAAGGAGCCACUGCAGCUGGAGUGUACUCAGUUGUUCUGCAAGGCUUGGCGUCUGGAACACUAUUAUAUGUGAUAUUCUUUGAAAUCUGGAGCAACGACAGGGAAGGAAUUAUACAGUACAUCGCCGCGGUUGUCGGCUUCGGACUGAUGUUUGGACUGCAGCUUUUGACUGGACACUCUCACAGCCACUCGCACGGCGGUAGCGACACGGGUGACCACGGCCACAGUCACGAUGACCAUGGCCACAGCCACGAUCGCUAAAGCGUUCAGUUAAACCAACUUAUUGUUAAUUAUUGUUAACAUUCAGAUAGUCCAAAUGAUUAAAACAACAAUUUUUGUCAAACGCUAGAAAACUUGGAAUAGUAAGACUCAAUUUAUUAGUUACGUAAAUGGGCAUAUUCCAAAAAUUACGAAUAUUUAAAAACAGUUAAUAUUUCGUCUUCGUACUUCAUUUUUCUUUCGGAAAAAUAUUUUAUUUUUAUUUAUUUAUUAAUCUUUCUCACUUAAGACGUGUUUAGUAAAGAGUAUUGAUUGACUUGUUUAGUGAACAUUAGAAAACGAAAUAUCCGAAUAUUAUUCGUAAUAACAAACAUAGCUUAGUACCUACCACAAUAAAACGACGAGACUUUACUGUUAAUAUUUUAAUCCUGUUGCAUGGACUGUAGUCACUAUCAAAGAUUACAGUGUAUUAUUGGAAACUAUGCUAUGUGACUAAAGGCUGCUGCGAGAUGAGAAAAAUUAAAAAAAAAACCUCGUCAUUUCAACGUAGUAGGUACUUACCCAGAUAUAAGAGAGAACAGCCAAAGAUAUUUUAAUCUGCUAAUUUCGUUCGUAAAAUCAUCGCUACAAAUCAUUAAUCAUUGGACGUUAUUAACUAGUACGUAUUUUAGUAAUUACAAGUAUUAUAUGAAUGUUAGGAAAUGGGUUUUCAGACUGUCAAAUUGUAACAGUUGCUUUUUUAACUUUGUAGAUUUGUAACAGAUAUUUCCGGACUUUUAUUGUUUUGAGGUAGGUUCUGACCUCUAGGCCUUUAUACGUUGUAUCAACCGUCGCACCACGUUAUUUGAACAUAAAAAAAAAUCUAAAUUAACAUUGUCUAAAAACAAAAUUUUAAAAACAAAAAUUUUAAAUUUUCUGUUUUUAAAAUUGCCCCGCCUCGAAAUUUAUAGUUUAAAAAUAAUUAAUUACACAGUAGUAAAAUAAAUUGAACUAACAUCUGCAUGAAGGAAAAGAAAUACUAUACAAUAUAAUAUUCAACAUGUCUAUCACAAUUUCAGAAUAAAAUAACGUUUUUAUUGAAAUUGCGAGUGAUUUGUUGAAUAAUUUUAUUAAAUGGACAUUUUUAAGUCUUAUCCGAUAUUAUUAAUUACUUACAUUGAUAUCAUGCUCAGGUGCCAUUAGAGUUAAGGACUUUUAUUUAACUAAAAAAAGGAAAAUCGUAGAAUGCCUAAUCAGCUGUACCUAUAAGUAUUUAUAUUAAUCAAGAUACAUAAAUAACCUCUUUUGGAAUAAUGACUUAAUACAGGAAAUAAUAAAUAAUAAAAAACGAUACUAAAAAUAGAUGUAGAUGAAGUACAUAUUAGUUAGGUAUCACGGUCGACAGACUUCGUAUUCCCAAAAAACUAUGAAUAUAAUCUUGUCGACUGUGUUAUACCUAUUGCUAUGUCUGGGAAAAGUCUCCUCUCCAAGAGAGAAGCCAUUUUGGUGUCUAGACUCAUCAUGCAUAUUGAUAGUUAGACGUUUAGGCGAAAAAAACGUAGGUAUGUACGUAUAGAGUACACUAAGCAUAGGGGCGUAGCUAUCGCAUUAUCUAUAUCAAUGAUAUGGGGCCUCUGGAAUACAGGGGCCCCUUACGUGUGAAAGUAAAAAUUAGCAAAAUGUCACCAAAAUCUCACUUAAUCUGGUGUUUCCUUGGAAAAAAAAACAAAGAACUGCAGAAUUUUCACUUUAGAUAUGACAAAGGUAAAUAAAAACAUUUAUUUAAAUCCAUAGUUCUUCGCCGGUUUAGCGUGUUUCCAAAAAGUUGGAAACAUUAUACAUAGUAAGUCAUUUGAAUAUUUAUUUUAAGUGACAUUUUUUUUUGUGAUAAAUGUUUACCCUUUUUGGCCCCUCAACUAAUUAUGAUAUAGGGCUUCUCCAAGGCACGUUGCGCCACUGACUCUAAGAUUAUAGUUAGUAUGUAUUUAAUACAUUCGUAAACGUAUUGUUUGUAUUCUUCUUUGUCGCUUCACUCUUGACAGAGUGGUCGUAGUCAUUUAUAUGUGGUGACAAGCCUCACGCCUCCCUAUAGAAUCUUCUAGAUGUCUGUUAUAAAUGUAUUAUUUUAUGUCUAAAAAAUUAAACAAAGAUAAUUCAUUUAUGAAACCUACUAUGCAUGUGUUUAUUUAACACAAUGGCUAAAAAGUACCUAUGAGUUUGAAGACAGCGUUAGCUAUGUUCUGUGGUUUGAAGUCUGAAAACCCUUGUUGUUUGUGAAUAUAGUAAGUAAGUAGGUAAAUAAUAUAUUUUUAAAUUAGCUUUUCAGCUAAAGGUGAUCCUUAUUGAACAUAAUUAAAUACAGAUUGUAUAAAAUUAACACUAUACUUCUGGAGAUUAUUUUUGUAAUUUGAAAUAAGCCAUCUAGUCAAUUUCAUUUAGCUUUUACCAUCAGUUAGGUACAGUCUAUUUAAGUUUUUUAUAAACCUCUUGUAGGCAUUUUAAAAACUACCUACAUUUUACUAUGUAAAUUAGGCAAAGAGACAAUGGCAAUUUAUACCACCUUGUUAUGGCUGUACCAGAGUAUUGUUAAGUUAGGGGCUGCUGAUAAAUUACAAAAUAAAAUCCUUCAUUUGUUUCCCAGACUUUUGUUCUUGUUAUUACGGUAACAGAUGUUGCCUCGUGCCUCAUUAGGAAGUACAACAAAAUAAUGACGCAACGUACAAAACAAUCUUAGCAAUUAAGUAAGAGUGAAGUGUUAAGUUUAUAAGUUCUUACUUAAAUAUUCCUUUUACACUGUUCUUAAGCAUUCCUUGUAAAAUGUGUACAGUACUUAACUAUGCUAAGCGACUUAUAUUAUUUUAAUGAUGUCCUUUUCAAAUAACGAAUGUCUAAAUAAGUAUUGUUAUGCUAGUUACGAGUAUGUACAUAUAAAAUAUACAGUCUUUCCAUAGCCUUAAAUCCUUAUGUAAUAGACAUAGCAUUAAUUUUGUAAUAGAAAUGAAUUCUUUCUUCGUACGCUCGAGAUGGGAACCUAGAUUAAGAAAGAGAGAAGGGCAAUACUGUCUUUUGCGAAAUAUUACAACAUUGAAGGAAAAAUAUGUCAACCACAUUAAUUUUAUCUACAACGAGUAAGAGCCGUUUUAGUCCGUCAUCAGUAAUCAAUUCUUUCUUAGGUUUUUUAAUAUGGCCAAGCAACUUAACUUCACAUUUUCACAUUACGUAUAGUGAAACUUAAUUGACAUAAGAUGAUAGCCGUCAUAUCUUUAGUCAAAUCUGUAGUAAAAGUAAAAAUCAUAAUAUUUGCUUUAUAAUAUUAUGAUUUUUACUUUUACUACAGAUUUGACUUUUUAUAUAUAUAUAUUUGAUUUGAUAUAAUAUUAUGAACUCAUUACACUGCUGACCAACACCUCAUCUCUUUUUUUAAAUCUCGGAUGGAUAAUUUAACCGUGUGCUCUUGGACUAUAUGCUUUUGCCAUUAGCAACUAAGUCUGUGAUAUAAUUAAUGAAAGUUUAGAAAAGGAAAAUACUAUUAGAUUUAUGAACACAUUUUGUAAUUAUUAUGAUGAUUAUUAUAUUUAACAUUAUUUUGUUUAUUUUUGUUUUAGUUAUUUGACGAAGGAUGUAAUGAGGGCUUGUAAAAAUGCUUUGUGUAAAUAAAUUAUGUGUUUUAAUAAUUAAUUAA